AAAAUUUGUUUUUGUUUUUGUUAUUGUUUUUGGUUAGUCCAUCUGUUACGCUAUUCUUGUAUGGUGCUUUUAAGCUCCAAUCCUCUCGUCGUUUUCUGCCCUUCUUCUCUUGAUCUCUUGUUUGCUUUUGUUUCUUUGCUUCACUCUUUUCGAGACCCUUAAAAUACUAAUAACAAAACCUUGAUCCAUGGAGCACCGUUGUUUAUAUAUUUUUACCAUGGAAACUUACAUGUAGAAAGGCAUUAUACAUUGCAGGCAUUUCUGUUUCUUGGUCGCUUUACUUUCAAGUUUCCCGCUCUGUAACUUAGAAUAAACAAAGGGUCAUGAAAAUAUUAGAAGUAAGAGUGUAGAUAUUGUUGCAUUGUUUGCUUGUUUUAUUUUUUGAGGCCGAAAAGCCAAAAAAAGAAAGAAAAAGAAGAUGAUGAACACAAGAGUCCGCACCGCUCAUCAGUCCAUGAAAGCUCCUUUAAGUCAUGACAGCAAUAAAAAGGAGAAGAUGGAGAAGAGUCAGGGAGGCAGGGCACUUGGUACCGGCAAAGCUCUGACCAAUCGGCGAAGAUCAAACAGGGAAAGGAAAAUGGCCUUAUUACAAGAUGUUGAUAAGCUAAAAAGGAAGCUUAGACAUGAAGAGAAUGUGCAUAGAGCUUUGGAAAGAGCUUUUACUAGACCUUUAGGAGCACUUCCUCGGCUUCCUCCUUACCUACCUCCUUAUACACUAGAGCUACUUGCUGAAGUAGCUGUUUUGGAAGAGGAAGUUGUUAGGCUUGAAGAGCAAGUGGUGAAUUUUAGGCAAGGCCUCUAUCAGGAGGCUGUCUAUGCAUCUUCCAAGAGGAAUGUGGAGAAUUUGAAUGAAUCAAUUGAGCAGUCUCCGGUCAGAAGUUCUAAACACCAGCGAUCAAAGUCUUUGUCCGUCAAUGAGAUGAGUUCGGUGACAACCAUUGGCAAGCCACAACCAUCCCUUGCCAGAAGUGUUUCAAGCAGAAAGCUAUUGCCUCCAGAUACUACUAAUGAACGAAAUGGGCUGUGCUUUAGCAGGCCAACAAAUGGGAGACAAGCUUCCACAAAACUCAAUUCUGCUUCUGGAGAUGUAAGAGGAAAAGAGAAUCAAUCAUUUGCCAAUGCUGUGAAGGAUAAGCAAUCUCCUGAAAAGAAAAUUACCAAAGUUGUGACCCCAGUAAAGAGACUUCCUACCAAGCAUGAGUCAGCUAACAAAUGUUUGGAUGCUCUGAAGUCACAGCUAGAUGGUAGAUUAGUAGACCAGGAAAGAGCACAAGAAAGCCCUUCUGGUUCUUCAGAUGAUAAAGUAUCAGAAGCUGAUAGUACACCAAACAAAAUAUCUGAGGAUACUGUAAGGUGCUUGUGCAGCAUUUUUGUGAGGUUGAGCACCUUGAAGGACAGAUCCGUGGAAUCCGGGAUUUUACCUUCCCAAUCAGCAGCCAAUUCUUAUGAAAUAAGUAGAGAAAGUGAAUUUCAAGACCCUUAUGGUAUCUGUUCAGAUUCGAAAACUAGAGAUAUUGGCCCCUAUAAGAAUCUUUGCACGAUUGAAGCUAAUACAGUUGAUCUUAGCCGAAGAAUGAAUGCUUUGUUUCUGAUCCAUAGACUAAAGUUCCUACUUGGGAAGCUCACAUCUGUCAAUUUAGAUGGUCUUAGCCAUCAGCAGAAGCUUGCAUUCUGGAUAAACACUUAUAAUUCCUGUAUGAUGAAUGCAAUUCUGGAGCAUGGGAUUCCUGAGACUCCUGAAUCGGUUGUAGGGCUAAUGCAAAAGGCUACGAUAGUUGUGGGAGGACACUUGCUAAAUGCAAUAACAAUUGAGCAUUUCAUUUUAAGGCUGCCUUUCCAUCUAAAAUUUACCUGUUCUAAAGCAGCAAAAAAUGAUGAGAUGAAAGCACGCAAUAUAUUUGGACUGGAGUGGUCGGAACCCUUGGUUACAUAUGCUCUUGCAUGUGGAAGCUGGUCAUCUCCAGCGGUGAGAGUAUACACAGCAUCUCACGUUGAAGAUGAGCUGGAAACAGCCAAGAGAGACUACCUACAGGCAGCAGUUGCCAUCUCAAGAACAAACAAGUUAAUAAUUCCAAAGCUUUUGGAUUGGUAUCUGCUUGACUUUGCAAAGGAUUUGGAAUCAUUGCUGGAUUGGGUUUGUCUGCAGCUUACAAAUGAGCUGAGGAACGAAGCAGUUAAAUGCCUAGAAAGAAAGGGGAAAGAGCCUCUUUCACAACUAGUGCAAGUAAUGCCAUAUGAUUUCAGUUUCAGAUUGCUUUUAGGCCGUUGAAAAUUAUAUUUCGCAAUGGAUAUCGUUCGUUCAGCAAAAGGUUCAUGAGCUUGUGAUUGGUGGGUCUAUAUACUGAAUUACUAAUAUACUAGACACAGUGAAAGUACAUAUAUAAUCUAGCAUCUGUAAAAAAAAGAAAGUGGGUGGAGGUGAAUAACUGGUUUUACUUACAAAUGGAUUCUGGAGAUGGUGAUUGGUUCAUUGAAAUUGAAUUUUCAGAGUAUUCAUUUAUGUUA